AUGGAGCGGCUGAUACUGUUCUUGCUGUCACCGGUAAUUUUCGCUGAGCCACUUAAAAUCAACGAUCCUAACGACGAGCCGUUUCUACCGAUAUACCCCAGCUACCCUUACAACCCUAAGCUAAUCAAACGGGGCGCCGAGCGAGAAUUAGUAUCGCAAUUAACGCCCGGGUCCUACGAAGCGCCGAAGGAAGAUGCGAGGGAUCCCUACGGCACCGGCUACAGCGACAAUUACCAAAGAGACUCCUACUACCCCAAUUAUGACCCCUAUCCUAAAAAUACCUCGCCCUCACCCACCUACAUGUACUACAACGAGGAUCCAUACGCGUACACCGGCUCGCCAUACGCGACCUACAACCCGUAUCCUACGCCGUACACGGUGAAUCCUGCGGCGUAUCCGACGUCCUCGUAUCCGGACUACUAUUACCAGCCAUCCUAUUACUAUCCUCAUUACUACAAUCACGCGCUAUUUCCGCCGCCGCCGAUGCCGCCGCCGCCACCGCCGUCAGAAAGCGUCGAUUAUCACGAGACGUCGCAGGAUCCUGCCGAGACGGAGGACGACAAGCGGGACAAGGAGAACUGGGGCAAGAAGACGAAGGAGGACGAGAUGGGUCAAAACGCGUCGGCGGGCCAGUUCGUAGACGGCGGAAACUACAUAUCCGGCAACACGAGGGAUCUCGACGUGCAGUCUAGCACGUACAAAGUAGCCAGCCCGUACAAUCAACUGGAGAAAGACGUUCGGCCGGAGAGCCCGUCGAUUCCCUUACCGAAGACGACGUACAGGGUGAUCAGCGUGGCGGGACAGCCAGUUGCUCCGGACUACCCGUUGCCCGCGCAGUACGUCAAGGCUCAGCAAAUGGAGCAGCUGAUGAGCGACACGUUCGCCACGUUAUUAGCACAGAACGUGCAACAGCAAACGGAUCACCCUUACAGUAAGGACACUCUGAGUGGCGUCAACGACGAAUCGCACGGCAACCAGGACACCUACAACCCGAAUACAUCGCACUCGGAUACAGACGCACAGCCGUACGUGGCCGGCGUAAGAACCAAGGCCGGUGGUGCGGCUUACGUGGUAAACUCCGAGGGUAUCGCGAAAGUCAACGGGGAAGGGGCGAGUCCUCAGGUGUCCUCGUCUCAAAUCACUUCGAGUAAAAAUACCAAGUACCCCGGUAACCUGUACAUACGGAAGCCGGCGACGCAAACGACCCUGGAGCUCUCCAAAACAACGUACGUUCCGCAACAAAGCAAACGCAGCAAGCAACAUCGCGAUCGAGUGGUCGACAGUCAGCCGGCCGAUCAGUCGGGCGAAUACGACGCUUAUGACGCCUUGCAAAGUUACACCAGCACCCUGAGUCCGUUCGGGAACAAGCGGGAACAGAGUUACAGGAAGCAUCAGAAACAAGCGGACUCGUAUCGGAGUAAGGAUUUCGUCGCCUCCCCUCAGCUACCCCAAGCUUACAGCUAUCAGUACUCGUCUUACGAAACGGAUCAGCCGCGGCAGCUACAAGACAGCGUAAAGUCGGCCGACGGCAAUUUCGGAGUUAAGCGGUAUAACAAGAGCUGA